CUGCUCGAUUGAUCGCAUUCUGCAAACAUUGAAGACAAGAGUGGGACGCAUGCAUGCACUGCAAGAGUGCUGGAACGGCAUACCGUCGAGGACAGCGGGUAUGGCAAUAGGGUGCAUUACAGUGAUGGAGGCGUGGAAGCGAACAGCUUUAAGCGUCCUGCGCGUCUAUUGAGGUUGAAGCAGUGAAGCACCAUAAAACGCAUAAUACACGCACCUCUACAGCUUGGACAAAGACACAAUCCCUCUAAAGUCCACCUCGACCGUGCUCAACACCAUCAACAUCCAGUAAAAUGUCGAACCUCAUUCCAAUCACCACACCCCUACAAGAGUUCGAUGGCCACCGAAACGGCAUAAAUGCAGUCGCAGUUUUCCCCGAUAAACGACGGAUGGUUACGGGCUCACGCGACACGACGCUUUGUCUGUGGGACUUGAAGACAGGUGUUGUAUUGAACACGAUGAAAGGGCAUCGCAAUGGUGUGCGGACAUUGGCUGUAUCACGAGAUGGACAAUUGAUAGCAAGCGGUGAUUGGGGAGACGUCUUCAUCUGGCACGGAGAAACUGGCGAAUCACUCACCAAAAUCGAAGCACACUCCAAUUGGAUCACCUCGCUGGAUUUUUCACCCGAUGGAACAGUACUUACCAGUACUGGUUCAUAUGACAAAACGAUGAAACCGUGGAAUACCAAAACCUGGCAGCCGCAAGGAGAUCCAAUACAGUGUGGUAUUUUUGUCAACUGCGUGCGGUAUUCACCGUCUGGAGAACGUAUUGCCAUCGCAACAAACAGACAUAUCGAAAUUUACAAUUCAGGCAUGAGGAAACGCGUCGCAAAGUUCAAGGCUCACAUAGGAGAUAACUUGUCACUCGUGUGGACGCCCGAUGGCACACGCCUUCUCACAAGCGGCAAUGAUCUCGAUCCUACCAUACGCAAAUGGGAUACAAUAACAUGGAAUCAGGUUGGUGAUCCCUGGACGGGCCACACUGACCACAUCAAUGCCAUUGCCAUUCAUCCUGCUGGCACGCUCGCCGCCUCCGCAUCUACGGACAAACGCAUCCGUCUCUGGCGGCUCUCAGAUCGACAAACCAUUGCCGUUUUCAAGCACUCAUUCGAAGCGAUAUGCGUCACUUUCUCUGUGGACGGCAACCACAUCCUCAGCGGAGGCGGCGAUAAUAUGAUCUCAGAGUGGCCAGUACCUCAGGGUACUCAUCCAAAGACCAUCGCCAUUACAACAGUCCGCGAUGCAUACAGAGAUGGAGACUUAUCUACUGACGAAGAACUACCCACGCAAGAUAUCACCACGGAUGCAAACAACCAUACUUCCUACACCCAUCGCUCAAAGAUUCUAGCCAUCACGACCGCCCGUACUGCAUGUGUGAAUGGAGAUUUAUCUACCGCCGAAGAACUACUCACCCAAGAUGUCAACAACGAUCCCAACAACCAUACUUCGUAUGCCCAUCGUUCAUUCGUCAUGGCGCGAAAACACGACUGGGACCGUGCCCUUCGGGAUGCAAUGAAUUCCAUCAACAUUGAGCCCUCGUUGACAGGCUACAUCUCCAAGGGUAUUGCCCUCUGCGGAAUAGGCCGCGUCCCAGAUGCGAGGGCAGCAUUUGACGUUGCAUCCAUGUACACGGACCAAGAUUCACAAAUCCUCCAUUUCCUGCUCUUAAUCAAAGUAUGUUGCAUUUCCCUCGCAUCCUCUCCGCUUCAUCGCAUAUUUCAGGCCAUCGCGCUCUUCAAUGCAGAUCAAUAUGACGAGGCAAACCUGCUCCUCAAAGAACUCACUACCGGUUGUCCACAUGCCGACACUCUCGCAUGUCGUGUGGUGCAAGCAUAUCUUCGUGUUGAAUUUGGACUCGAAGCCUUGAAUGGCGCACGUCAUGACGAAGCCGCUGUCCAUUUCACUGCCGCCAUCGACUGCAGCAAUUUACCGUUGAAAUCGGAGAUUCAUGAAAUUUACGAGGAUUUGGUAGUGCUGUUCGGCUGGGAUCUCAAAUCUUUGUGGCUCACUGCACACCAGAAACGUUGCGAUGCACUCCUUCUGGCAGGGAAACUUCAAGAUGGCGUGAGAUCAUACCGAUACAUGAUGGACAGUACCGACGAAACAACGAGGGCCAUCUGCCUUGAAUGGUUCAACGCUUUUACGGAAAAAUGCAGCGCGCCCCUUCUUACCGGCGGAGAUGCUGCCCUCGCUGCAAGCGAUUUCGACAGGGCUAUCGACCUGUACUCGGCGGCGAUCGACCUGGAUUCUGGAUCCUAUGUCUUCUUCGUAAAUCGCAGCAGGGCAAAGUUGGGGAAAAGGCUGUGGGAGGAGGCGCUUCUCGACGCGCAAAAGGCUACCGAACUCAAUCCGUCGUCUCACGUUGGAUACGAGUUGAUGCAUACAGCGCUGCGUGGUGCGCAACGUUACGACGAAGCCAUCGAGGCCUUCAAAAUCAUGUUGUCCAAGUUGGACCAUUCUCCCGAAGCUCACAUCCGAGAUCUGCGUCAGCAGUAUGUUUGUCCAUCUGAAGCAGAAGACGCCAUUCAAAGAGCAGUUUGGAUCGAACUCGAAUAUGCCCCGCUGCGUCUGCUUAGUACAUCCACGGGUCUUUUGUGCGAUAGAGUGGCACAAAUAAACGCCUUCAAAACGAGUGCAGAGUACAACGAGCUUAUCUCAUUUUCAACGAAGGAUUCGAAUCUCCGAGCAGAGCGCAUCAAAGAUGUAGUGGCAACGUACUUCCGCUGCGUCUUGCUGUCACACAGGUGGGAAGAGACGGAGGUGCUGCUGCACGACAUCCAGGAUAAAGAUGUGCGCGAGUUGAAUGGACUUGGCGGGAUCGCGAAACUGCAGUCGUUCUGCGUGGUCGCUCGCAAUUCUGGGUAUCGCUGGGCGUGGAUGGACACAUGCUGCAUCGACAAGAGGAGCAACACCGAGCUCCAAGAAUCGGUCAACUCCAUGUUCGUCUGGUACCGUCAUUCAGCACUUACCAUCGUCUACCUAUGCGAUGUGCCUCCUUCAUCCCGUCCCGGUGCUUUGGCGAGCAGUGUUUGGAACCAGCGAGGAUGGACCUUUCAAGAGUUCGUCGCUCCAAAAGUUGUAAUAUUCUAUCAGAAGGAUUGGUCAUUGUAUCUCGACGAUCGCUCUCCCAACCACAAAGAGUCUCCUGCAAUCAUGAAGGAGUUGGAGGAUGCGACGGGAAUAGAUGCACGGGCCCUAAUCUCUUUUCGUCCUGGGAUGAGCGACGCUCGACAGAGACUUCAAUGGGCAUCAUCUCGCGUCACCACAUUGCAAGAAGACGUCGCGUACUCAUUAUUUGGGAUCUUCGGUGUCCACCUACCUGUAAUAUACGGGGAGAAGAAGCAGAACGCGCUCGGGCGGCUCCUGCAGGAGAUCGUGGCUCGGUCGGGAGACAUCACGGUCCUCGACUGGAUCGGACAACCUUCCGAGUUCAACAGCUGUCUUCCGGCCUAUAUCACUUCUUACGCCACUCCUGCACGUGUCCUUCGAUCUUUGUCCGAAGAUCAGAUUCAGACAACGAUCUCUUCCCUGCGAGAAAAUCCCCUGGUUGUGAAUGUGGCUUCGGAACUUUACGACCGGCUUGAUCACACGAGCGCUGCUCGUUUCGCGAACUGCAGAUUACAUCUGCCUUGCAUGGCAUUCCGCGUUACAGAAGUCAAUCUGAGCUACGGUACAUCCCAGGAGGCUCGAUAUGAAGUCAAGGCAGACGGGCUUCAUGACCUGCUGAUCACCACCAAAGAGCCAAUCGUUCAGUUCUCGCAGAUAAGGCCCACUCAGCAAACCUUGGUGCUUGUCCGUCCCUGGGAUCGAUCUCUUCUCGAGCUACCGGACUUUACAGAUCUGCAAGACGAUACGGAGAGCGAAGGGGAUUAUUGGACGCCACCCUCGUCUCCAUCUGACGACUUACCUAGCCGUUCUGUUGUAAAACAGGAGGUAGAUGAUCUAGAAUUGCGAGCAUUGCGGUUGGUUGUUCGCCUCGGGCAGCCUUUUGGCGCAUUUUUACUAGCGCGGCAGCGUGGCGGAGAAUACAAGAGAGUCGCGUCAGAUCGUGAUAUCAUUGCGCAAGUCAAAGAUGUGACUUCUCGUUGGGACUUGAUGGACAUCAGGACGAUAGAAAUACUGUAGAUUCAUUUUCCUCCGAAGAUUAGGGAUCCGAGCGGUUUUCAUUGGCAUUUCGUAUACGCCAUACUGCAUGCGUAUGCAUUGGACUCCAGUUUUAUUUAGAGCAGACCAUAUGUGGAGACCUAUAUAUCUGUACGACUUCUCCGUGCGAUACCACUAGACACAUGCAGGUUAGAGAAAAGAACCCCCCAAACUUUCUGACAGAGGGUGCAUUUGAUUUCUAACGGUUAACCAACCAAAGCCUCCUGGGGAUGUAUGGAAGGGUGAUCAUAUCAGCUGACUGUUAUAUA